CAAUAUGCAUGCGGUAGGACUGUCAACUGCGCGAAGAAUAUUAAGCCAGCUGGCUGCUGACGAUGUUGGUUUGAUUGGUGUUCCUUUAAGUUAGAAAUUCUGCUCUGCUGCUUGUCACUUGUACAUCUAAAUGUACGGAGGGACAUAUUUUAGGCUUCCACCACCGCUGAGUUCAGUUUGAAGACUUUAAAAAGUUAAAGACUAAUGGAGUCACCAUUGGCUGUACAUUCCCCACAGGGGGAUGACGACAAAAAGAGUAGUGCAGAAGAGACAACAUCACUUGUCACUGGUUUGACUGAAAUGCAAAUUCAAGAAAAUAGUAUGGAGUCACCAUCCGAUCUCGUCUCGUCGCCCGAGGUACCUUGCGAGAUGAAUAAAACGUUUGGAAAUCAGGAUUCGCCAAAUACUCCUUCUUCUUCGGAGAGCCGCCGUUCUAGUGAAAAACAAUUUUGGUCAAAGUACUACGAAAUUGACGAGAACACGAAGCAAGAGUUUUGGUUACGAAAAUCUACACCUCCGGCAAAGGUGGAAAUUUAUCCAGUUGGUGAUCCAAGGAAUAAAGGAUUACAAACGGUUUGGAAGGCAACACACCGUGAAUGUAAUUACUUUGAUGUGCAACGAUUCAUCAUCAAAACAGUGCCAUCUCAAAAUGUAAUAUCUACGAAGGAUAGAAACUUUCAGGAUGCCACUCAUCCCAAUGUUGUCUACAGUGGGAAGUUUGUUCAAGAUUGUCUACCCAGAAAAGACUGUUUUGAGUUACUGUACCCGUUGCUGCCGGAUAAGAAAAUGACGUAUUUAGAGAAUUUAGUUUCAAAAUAUGGACCAACGGUGUGGACUCGCGUUACCGAAACAUUUGGACAUUCACUUGCAAAGAUUGUGAUGAACGUUCAAAUCCGAAGAAGAGGAAAGCUGAGGGUCCUCAUUCUGGCUGGGUCAAACUUUCAAGGGUCGUCUUGUGUUGUUGCUGCAAGAUACUUGGCGUCGUUCGGAGUUGAAGUUUACAUCUGUUUCAUUCCAACGCCAGGACUUGAAGACACGUUCCCGGGGUCUACUUCACAAGAUCUGCACUAUGAAGAUAUUCGAAUCGUCUUAGACUUAAAGGGAAUAAAGGAUGAAAAAUUUCACAUUUCAAUUUUUGGAGUCGAUGACCACAGGUCACCCACAACCACUCUGCACGUCUACAGAGAAAUUAUUAUGGGAAGUGAAGUUAUUUUCGUCGAACCUCCAAUGAUACCACAGUCAUACUUCAACUUGAUUAAUGGAAUUUGCUACAAGAGAGUCGGGGCUUCUAUUAUUGUAAACGCCAUCCGUCCGUCCCCUUGUACUCUAGACGAGAAUUCAAUGAUAUUUGUUGUGAAUAUCCCUACAUCAAAUGAAUAUCCCAUAUUUGGAAAUGGGGAUUACUAUUUGAUUAAACCAAUGGACAGGAUGAAAAUUCAUCCUCGAAAACCUAUCACCCUAAAUGAUAGAAAAAGUCGAUAAGCCCAUAAAGUGUAAAUACAACUACAUGCAUAUUAUUCAUUUUUAGUUGUAACGAGAUCUUAAAUUUAUACAUACAGACGUACGUACAUAUGUAGUUUUUUGAUGGUACAAGUUGAUCUAUCGUCUGUUGUAGCUUAACGAUACGCCAAAUAAAACCUAUUUCGUUUUAAUUUGUUCGCUAGACUGAAACAUACAA